GUACGCACAUCCAACAGGUUCGGAUUGCGUACCCAGUAAUUAUCUUGACCACUUUGCCUUCACAGAGAUCAGUCAGUUAUGGCUUCUUCUUUCCUCCUUCGACCUCUCUCGGCAAUUGAAACCAUGAAAGGCGGCGAUCAUUCAAUAGCCAGCUUGCACCUCUCAUCUCCGUUUUCUCCAUCACGUAUCCCCAUUCUUCACUCUAGCAGUUUCUCCCUAUCCUCCUUCGGCCUUUCUUAUCUCCGUCCCUUUCUCAUCUGCCAUUCCUCCAAGAAGAAAGAAUCCGGCUUCACAGAUCGCAUUCUUGACUACAUUGAAGGUGGACCCAAGUUGAGGAAGUGGUAUGGGGCAUCAGACAUCCUCCCAAAAGAGGUUGGACCUGAAGAUGAGGAUAGUGAGUCUCCUGAAAUGGGAGAAGUUCGAGAUGCAGUGUUGGUGACAAAUGGUGAAAGUGAAAUUGGUCAGAUGGUAAUCCUAUCACUGAUUGUUAAGCGGGCUCGAGUAAAAGCAUUGUUUAAGGAUAAAAAGGCUUCCGUUGAUGCUUUUGGAACAUAUGUUGAGCCACUUGUUGGAGACUUGAGUAAUAUGUCCUUCCUUUCAAAGGCCUUGAGGGGUGUUCGUGCAAUAAUCUGUCCGGCAAAUGAUGGUUUCUUCAGUGAUGCUGGGCGAAUGAAAGGUGUGCAGCAUGUUAUCCUUCUAUCUCAGUUGGAUGUUUAUAAAAGUGCUGGGGUAUUUCAAGCCAUUAUAAAGAAGAAGUCGAGGGAAUUUGCAGAGAGGGAUCAGGAGGUGGUUAUUUCUUCUGGGAUCCCUUACACUAUAGUAAAGGCUGGAUUGCUGCAGGAUGUUCAAGGUGGCAAGCAAGGUUUCUGCUUUGAUGAGGGUGUAGCAUUGAAGGGAAGACUCAACAAAGAAGAUGCUGCUCGUAUAUGUGUGGAGGCACUUGAUGCAGUUCCAACGAAAGGCUUGAUAUUUGAGGUGGUAAACGGGGACGAGAAGGUUGAGGAUUGGAAAGAAUGGUUUGCUACAAAGAUUAGGAAUGCUGAAGGACGAUGAUCACUUUUAGUUAGUUCAUCCCUUGUUUCUUUGAGUAUUCUAUUUUGAAUCUUAGCAAAUCUUAUAACUGAAAGGAGCAAUAUCCCCCGACCUUUCAGUGAAGGAUGUUUAGCGUUGUUGCAGUGGCGGUGAAAGGAGCAAUAUCCUUUGACAAUUUUUUUGUAUACUUUAUUUUUAAAUUCUAUUUAGAUUUGAUUUAGGACAGCUUUCUCACUGCUGUCUAAAGUAGCUUUUUAGUACAAAAAUUUCUAGUUUUAAAAAAAUUUGUACUAAAAAGCUGCUUUAGAAAGGAAGAAGAAUCUGUCCCAAAUGAACCUUAAUAAGAUAGGUCUACUACCCGGCUUAUUUCAAAUGAUAAAAACUUCUUGCAAGUGCAUAGGUUCUUCA